AUGACUUCUGCUACAAACGGGCCCGAGCGGAACGGUAUCCCCGUGCAAGAGUGGCAAGAAGCCUAUCCAGUACCACGCUCAAAUCCCAGAUCCAUCUCUCCAAGCGACGUGUUACACUUGGUGAAGAGUGGAAACAGUUCAGCCUUCGUACUUGUCGACCUGCGACGCGAUGACUAUGAGGGUGGAACGAUCUCUGGAGCCCUUAAUUUGCCUGCGCAAAGUAUCUAUACCGCGCUUCCAUCCCUCUACAGGUUGUUCAUUGGUGCCGGAGUAGAACGUGUUAUCUGGUAUUGCGGUUCCUCUGUCCACCGUGGCUAUUGGGCUGCUGGCUGGUUCGAUGACUAUCUGGAUGAGCAGAAAGAUACUACUAUGCAGAGUCUGAAGCUAAGCGGCGGCAUCAAAGACUGGGUUGCUGGAGGAGACGAGUACGUCGCUUGUAUGCAGGAGUACGAUGCGUUGAAGUGGCAAUCAUCGCCUUAG